CGAGAAUUGAGUCGCCCAGUAAUUGUGGUUCUAAAUUCUGAUUCCAAGAUUGACCAGAUAUUUUCGAGAUUUCAACCCUACCUACCUAGGUAUCCAUACUAUUCACGGCGGUACCACCACAUACGAAGCUAUCACAAAGCCACAAUACAGCAAGAUGUCUGAUGAACUGCCAAUGCCAGAGCCGACGGUGCCUCGCAGGCCGUUUUCGGCAUUCAAAGUCAUAACUUAUGAUAUCUACGGGACCCUGGUCGAUUGGGAGACUGGCAUUAUCGACGGCCUUCAACCACUCGUCGCUCGGAUUCCAGCAGACUCUUCGCACAGCAUUUACAGAACCAGCGAAUCCGGCCAAGGACGAGUCAAGCUGGCCGAGAAAUUCAACGAAUUCGAGGCACAAAUCCAGGCCGGCAAUCCCAGCAUGAAGUACAGCCAAGUCCUGCGAGAAUCGUAUCUCAAGCUAGCUUCUGAAUUCGGUGUGCAGGACAACAGCGAGGUGGUGGAGAAAGAGGCGCAACAAUUCGGCGACAGUGUCGGUUUGUGGCCUGCAUUUCCCGACACCGUCGACGCGUGCAAGCGGUUGUCCAAGUACUACAAAUUAAUCCCCGUGAGUAAUGUCGACAGGGACAGUUUCAGCAAGACGUGCGCCGGCCCGCUGAGCGGGGUCGAUUUCUUCCGCGUCUACACGGCGCAGGACAUUGGCAGUUACAAGCCGGACCUGAGGAACUUUGAGUACCUGCUCAAGCAUGUGAAGGAAGACGCGGGCGUGGAGAAGGAUGAGAUUCUGCAUGUCGCGCAGAGCAUUUUCCACGACCAUGUGCCGGCGAAGAAGAUGGGCUUGAGCAGUGUCUGGAUCAAUAGGAAAGGAGCUGGCAUGGGCAGUGGUGGUGGGAUCGAGGGCAUUCAUCAACGGGGAGAAGUCGGGUAUGGAUGGAAGUUUGCCACGCUGGGGGCAUUUGCGGAUGAGGUUGAGAGGCAGAGGGCGGAAGAGCAGAAAUGAAGGUGCCCAGAAGGUAGUAGUUAGGACGAAGAAAGAUGAAGAUGAAGACGGAGGGACUUCAGAGUGAGCAACAAGUUGACUGCUGAUGAUACUCCUGGGAGUUGCUUUCAGCCUUGUCCAUGUAUCGCUUUCUGCCCGACUGAUCAAGUUUGCCAUCUGGUUGUCACGUUCAAAUAGCAACCUUGGACUCAGGCACCCAAGAGAGCAGCAGGGAAGAGUUCAGUAAGCCCUCUGCUGGCCUUCUGCCUCUUUCAACCGGGUCAUGAAUCUAUCGAGUUUGGUGGGCCGCCGAGGAAUAGGUACAGUAUGAAGUUGAUCAUCAAGGCGAUGCCGCCGACAAUGGCCCAUGGCUUUCCACCAAGCACUCGCAUGGCAUCGGGGAGGUUGUCAACGUGUUGAUACUUUCGCCAGAAGAUGAGGUAGAGGUAUGCCGUGUAGGUGGCG